AUGGCUCCUCCGGAGGGCGAUGAUGAGGCUCUUGGGCAGUGGCUUCCCGUCGUUGACGGGCUGCACAUUGGACAGCUGGUGGAGAUAGAGGCCAGCCACGCCAGUUUGGCAGGGAAGUGUGGUCAGCUUGUCAACUGGCUUCCACAGGAGAACCUUUUCGAGAUUGCUCUCCUGAGCACGGGGCGAACGGUGCGGGUGGACCCCAAGGACGUAUGCAGCGUCGCCGACUGCCAGGGGCCGACAACUGGCGGUGGGCCGGACAGCUAUGACAUAGUUAUCGGUCCGAGGACGAACCGAGAUGCACUUGGCGAGGUCCUCUCCAACAGCUUGUUAGAGAAAGGCUUCUGUGUCCUUCGGCUGAUUCAGCGCGAUGAAGAUCGUGAAGAAGCCAUGGGGAUGCUGCGGGGCUUCGACAAGGAUAGCAGGCUUUGCCGACUGGCAAACGAAGUUGAGGAGGGCUACCUCGGUAAGGGCGGCCGCGGCAAAGUUAUGUGGCUGGAUCCAGAAGACUCCUCUGUGCCUCGCGGUGCUGCAUUGCGAAGGAAUGAUGCGAACAUCACCAGCCUGGCGGAGAUCUUGCAGCCCUUUGCGGAGGAUGUUCUCGGAGCUCCAAUUUCGGAGCGCACGCCGGCGAUGGCGUGCAUGUCUAUGACAGAUGCGGAGGAAGCCAUUUACGAGCACCCGACUGCUUCAGACACCAUCAUCGAGGAGUUCUACGGGAACUGGGCACGCAGCGUGUUGCGUGUCGUGCACUUUCUGGGCCCUGGCGAGUGCAAGGUGGCUCUGACCGCCAAAGACGAUGCACCCAUCAGUCGGCUUGAAGAGAGCUAUGAAAUCAAUGCAGGGCCCAACACGAUCAUCCUGAUGAGGCAGGACACCUUUGACUACUGGUGCGAUGAGCCAGAGGAUGACAGCGAGGCCUUCUGGCUGCAGGCCUUCCUUCUCCGGGCCGGGCCCAACUGGACCCUGGGCGAGGUCAUCGACGGAGACAUCAGUCUUCUGAUGAGCCGAGGUGAUGGCCCACCACCACCGACGGGCCCUUCGGUGGUCGCCGUGUGCGCGCUGUCGCUGCAAGCCUGCGGCAAGAUGACAGACCACCACAAAGAGUGGGCAGCAUACACAGCUGGAUGCGAUGCCCAGCUGGAAAUGCCCAUCCUCCGUUUUGAAUAUCUUCCCUAUUACAACGAGGAGGUGGACAUGCCGCAGGGCACGACGUUCGUGAAGCAUUUCUCGGUGCAAGAUGGCGUGGAGCUCUUUGACAACAAGGUCUUCGAGAUCUCCAACAUGGAGGCCGAGUGCAUGGACCCGAUGUUCCGGCAAGUCAUGGAGGUGGGCUACCUGUCCACCCUGCAGAUUGGGCUCACCAAAAAGGUCGCCAACUCGAAAUCCACUCACGCCUCCGUGUCCGUUGGCCUGGACAAGCAGGAGUGGAAUCAGAUGCCAGUCGCACAGAGCGUCGCGACGAACAACCAGCUGGCCAUCGUCGCGAAUCGCUUCAACUACGUCUUCAAUCUGAAAGGUGGCAGUUAUGCUUGCGACACUGCUUGCUCUUCCUCCCUGGUGGCCUCGCACUUGGGGAAAGUGAACCUCCUGGAGCAGAGGUGGGAUCCGCUCGAGUGGCACCUGGGACUGGGCACAGGCCUAACAUUGACAGUGGGAUCAUUCAUCCAUGGCUGUGCGGCGCACAUGCUUUCUCCCGGCGGCCGGUGCUUCACCUUCAACGCUACUGCGAAUGGCUACAAUCGCGGAGACGGCACUGCGGCCUUCCUUAUCAAGAAUGGCACCUUCGAGGAGGAGAGGUACGCCUUCCUCCGCGGAACUCAGAUUGGCCAGGAUGGACGCAGCGCCAGUAUGUCAGCCCCAAACGGUCCUGCACAGGAGAAGUGCGUAUGGGGCGCUCUUCGAGAAGCUCAGAUGCGACCUCCAGAGUCCACGGUGUGGGAGUGCCACGGCACCGGGACCUCCCUUGGAGAUCCCAUCGAAGUCGGAGCAGUUCGAAAAGUGCAGGUCAAGGAACAGCGCACCGAGCCUCUUCUGAUCGCCAGCAGCAAGUCCAAUCUGGGACAUCUGGAAGGAAGCGCGGCGGCCAUCGCGAUGAACAAGUGCAUCCUGGUCGUGAUGCACGCCAUGGCUUUGCCGACGCAGCACUUGAAGACGUUGAAUCCGCACUUGGACCAUGCGGCUUUCGAUGCCUUGUACUCCACCGAGCAAACAGCCUACAAGUAUGCCCAGGGCCACUGCCAGGUGUCCUCCUUCGGUGUAGGAGGCACAAACGGCCACGCCAUCUUCUGGGGGGAGAAGGCGCAACCGGACGUGGACUUCCGCAGGGUCUUCCUUAAGAAGAUCAUGCGUGCCACACCGCCAAUCACCACGGAGGGCUCCACGGACCCUGCCUUGUGGGACUACAGGGGGCUUGAUUACAAAGCCACCAUGGGGGACACCUACAAGGUGUCGCUUGACAAGGACCCACUCACCGGUGAGGAGAACGUCAGCUUCGAGAAGGAGCAGGUCAGGGACGACCCUGCGGAGUUCUACAGUACGACGGGCAACCACAAUGACUGGGACAGUGAGCGAAUGCAGGAGGGCUCUAUCCCCGGUCUGUACUUUCAAGACAUCACAGUACCGGAGGGAGGACAGCUCGAAUUCCGCAUCCUAGCCGCGCAGCAGCAGAUCAUGGUUCGCUCGGUGCACGUCCGGCAAAGCAGUAGCCUGCAACGAUAG